CAUUUUUAUACCUGAAAUUCCUGGUGGUGUGGGCACUUGUCCUCCUAGCCGAUUUUGUCCUGGAGUUCAGAUUUGAAUAUCUGUGGCCAUUCUGGCUUUUCAUCAGAAGCGUCUAUGAUUCCUUCAGAUACCAGGGACUGGCCUUCUCAGUAUUUUUUGUUUGUGUAGCAUUCACGUCAAAUAUAAUAUGCCUGCUGUUCAUCCCCAUACAGUGGCUUUUUUUUGCUGCUAGCACAUAUGUAUGGGUUCAGUACGUAUGGCACACAGAAAGGGGAGUGUGUUUGCCUACAGUGUCUCUCUGGAUCCUCUUUGUUUAUAUUGAAGCAGCCAUUAGAUUUAAAGAUCUCAAAAACUUUCAUGUAGACCUUUGUCGUCCAUUUGCUGCUCACUGUAUUGGGUACCCUGUGGUAACUUUGGGCUUUGGCUUCAAAAGUUACGUAAGCUACAAAAUGCGGUUAAGGAAGCAAAAAGAAGUACAAAAAGAGAAUGAGUUUUACAUGCAACUUCUUCAACAAGCUCUCCCUCCAGAGCAACAGAUGCUACAAAAGCAAGAAAAAGAGGCCGAGGAAGCAGCCAAAGGAUUACCUGAUAUGGAUUCUUCGAUCCUUAUACACCACAACGGAGGUAUCCCAGCCAACAAAAAACUCUCCACAACUUUGCCAGAGAUAGAAUACCGAGAAAAAGGAAAAGAAAAGGACAAGGAUGCCAAAAAACACAACCUUGGAAUAAAUAACAACAAUAUUCUACAACCUGUAGACUCUAAAAUACAAGAGAUUGAGUAUAUGGAAAACCAUAUCAAUAGUAAAAGAUUAAAUAAUGAUCUUGUGGGAAGUACAGAAAAUCUCUUGAAAGAGGACUCAUGCACUGCUUCCUCAAAAAAUUACAAAAAUGCCAGUGGAGUUGUGAACUCCUCACCUCGAAGUCAUAGCGCCACAAAUGGGAGCAUUCCUUCCUCAUCUAGUAAAAAUGAGAAGAAGCAGAAAUGCACUAGCAAGAGCCCAAGUACACACAAGGACUUAAUGGAAAACUGUAUUCCUAAUAACCAGCUAAGCAAACCAGACGCACUGGUAAGGCUGGAACAAGACAUUAAAAAGUUAAAGGCUGACCUGCAAGCCAGCAGACAAGUGGAACAAGAGCUCCGCAGUCAGAUCAGCUCCCUUUCGAGCACCGAGCGAGGGAUCCGCUCAGAAAUGGGCCAGCUUCGGCAGGAGAAUGAGCUGCUGCAGAACAAGUUACAUAAUGCUGUGCAAAUGAAGCAAAAAGACAAGCAGAAUAUCAGCCAGUUGGAGAAAAAACUAAAAGCUGAGCAGGAAGCCCGAAGUUUUGUAGAAAAACAGUUAAUGGAAGAGAAAAAAAGGAAGAAGUUAGAAGAAGCCACUGCUGCCCGGGCUGUUGCAUUUGCUGCUGCAUCUAGGGGAGAAUGCACCGAAACCUUACGGAAUCGGAUCAGAGAACUAGAAGCAGAGGGCAAGAAGCUCACAAUGGACAUGAAGGUGAAAGAAGACCAAAUCAGAGAACUAGAACUGAAAGUCCAGGAGCUUCGGAAAUAUAAGGAAAAUGAGAAGGACACUGAGGUGUUAAUGUCAGCCCUCUCAGCCAUGCAAGACAAAACACAGCACCUGGAGAACAGCUUAAGCGCAGAGACGAGAAUCAAGCUGGACCUGUUCUCCGCACUGGGCGAUGCAAAGCGGCAGCUCGAGAUUGCCCAAGGACAAAUCCUUCAGAAAGAUCAGGAAAUCAAGGACCUAAAACAGAAGAUAGCCGAAGUCAUGGCCGUCAUGCCCAGCAUAACAUACAGUGCCGCCACCAGCCCCCUGAGCCCUGUUUCCCCCCACUACUCUUCCAAAUUUGUGGAGACCAGCCCCUCUGGACUUGACCCCAAUGCCUCUGUUUACCAGCCCCUGAAGAAAUGAAGGCCAGCUGUGUGCUGUGCCCAAACAUUCGGUUACCGGAAGGCAUUGCAAAGGAGCGUCUCUGGCAGUCAAGAUAAAAAAAAAAAAAAACCAGUUUCUCUUGUAUUUUGUGGGACUGUAUCUGUUGUCAUUUUUAAAAAGGGGGGGAAGAUAACAUCCAAAUCUGAUUAGAACUGCCCAUCAGUUUUUCUUGUAAAUUUUUAGAAGACCUCACAGAACUUUACAGUUUAUUUUUCUCGGCCAACACAUUAAAACCAUUCUUGGAUUUCAAGUAGCCAACUUUGCCUUUUAUGUAUUCUUGCAUAGUUUCCUCUUGAAGGAAAAAAAAGCAGAGUUUUUGCUUUUCAACCCUUUACGUUUGUUUAGUUUUAUUCUUAAAUAAGCAAGCAAAACCUGCACAUUGGAUUCACAUGAGAUGAUAAUGAGAACUUUUAGUUUAAGGAUGAAGGGUUAAGUAACCUAACAGAGCUUUGAUGUUAUAGCUGCAUUAAAGAAGGUGAUUGUCAAUAUUACAGAAAACAAAAAUGGAUUGCCCCUCCAAGGACCAGACAGAUUCAAGGAGCAUCAUUUAAGCUGAGAAGAGACCUAAGUGAUGAAACUAGCUGUAAGAAUAUAACAGGGCUUGUGUUUGAAAUAUUUAUAUUCCCAUCAGUGUGUUUAGUCCUAGAAAAUUGCUAGCAGCAGUCUUCUUCACAGUGCCUUGGGAAAAGACAUUUCAAGAGGAAACUUGAUAAUUUUAAACUCUUUUCCCCCUUUACCGUCAUCUAUCCUCUAUCUGUAUCAAGCUCACUGCGGAUCCUGCUAUAAAACUGGUGGGUAGCUGGGCUGUCCGUUACCACCACGGCCACAUCUCCUGUUUCUUUGAAUAGAAAGCACCACAGUGUUUUGCACUUGCCUCCAGUAAAGCGCCCUGGGAAGGGAGCCGGGCAGUGUUUGUGGAUGAGAGACUGUAACGAUGGCUAAUAAAAGCUGCGGGU